AUGAUUCGUUCUCGCAAGCGUCGAAGAAGGUCCAAUCGUUGCUUUGCUUGUGGUGAAGGAUGCUCGAUGCAAGGCAUGCUUGUGCUGAUAGUUGUUGUGAUGUUCUUCCUUGUUGCAUACAGUGCCAAUUCUGCAUCCGAUGUAGAGUUUGAUGUUGCUCGAUCUCUGUCCACCAUUAACGAUACCACUGAUACAUCAAAAUAUCAUGAGUCGUCUUCUUCCAAUCCAGCAAAAACGACAACCAAAAAUACAAAUGCUGUCACAUUGAAAUCACAGGAACGCCCAUCCUUUCUGCGAGACAAGGCUGCUGGUUUUCACGCCAUUCAUGUUUAUCAUGGACCAGAGGACUCUAUUAACUCGUUGCCCAACAAUUCAGAGGGUAUGGUAUAUAAACAAUACGGCAGAGGAAGUCAAGUGGAUCAGGAUCGCAUCGUGGCCGCACUAGCCCUGGCCUUGGCAUCUCAAGUAGCAGCAGCAGCAGAGGAGGAACCUUCCUUUUACUUUGUCGACUUGGCAGCAAAUGAUCCCAUUCAACUCAGCAAUACUUUGUUGUUGGAAAAAAAGGGAUGGCACGGCUUGUGUGUCGAACCCAAUCCCAUGUAUUGGUACCGAUUGGCCCACAGACAGUGCGAUGUGGCGGCUGCCUUUGUGGGCUCGAGGCAAGAUCAAAACAAAGUCACAGUAUCUUUGACAAAUAAAGAAUUUGGGGGGAUUGUAGGAGAUGGCAUGGACAAUAAAGACCAUUCCAAAGUUGAAACGGAACAACGAUAUACCAUUAGUCUGAAAUCCAUCUUUGACGACUUUGGGGUUCCGAAAUCCAUUGAUUAUCUGUCAUUGGAUGUGGAGGGGGCGGAAGAAUUAAUUAUGAGAGACUUUCCUUACGAGUCUUACACAAUCCACUUUUUGACAGUGGAGCGACCCAAACCUGAACUUCAGACGAUUCUCAAGUCAAAUGGUUAUCAAUUUGUCAUGAUGCUCAUCUAUUGGGGAGAGACCCUCUGGGUCCACGAGUCUGUCGCCAAACAAAUGGGAGUGGACAAGAUUCAAGAAGUUGCCAAAGCCAAUAGUGACUAUGUGGACAAAACGCCUAAAAAGGGACAACACUUGUUUACAAUAGAUACUGGAGAAUACAAGCGGGUGGUUUAG